AUGUCUGAUGAUUCUAUGGAGGACUUCAUUGAUAAGUCUGAUAUCGAGGACCAACCCAUACAUGCUGAAAAUAACAGCAGCACUCGAACCCCACCAAUGUCUGAAAGCGACGAUAACAUUAUCAGCCCUUCUAGGAUUAGGCGACAUUCAAGGGCGAGAAAGCUUCCUUUUCGGGAGAAGCGGCCAAGUCUACCUGAUAUACACGACGUUGACAAGCUUGUGUCGGUGCCUUGGGAUUUACUUGAAGAACGACAAGACCGCCGGAGACUAUUAGCAAAACUGAUCGCAACCCUUUCUAUUGAAGAGCGAAAUAAGUUGGCGCAGGCGGUUCCUAGAUAUUCUAGUUCAGACUUGCAGCAACUUACAGGAACUGGUCUCAAGCUCUUGCUGAAGAAUCAAGAAAUUAUCCCAGAACUUGAAGAAGCUGAGAGCCGUGUGGUCAUGCGUGUUACUUCCUUUUAUAUCUCGUGGAUAAAUUGUGUCCACCUUCCGUCGGAAGGAAUUCAGAGGAACCUUGUACUCUACGCUCAAUCUAAAAUCAGCAGCUUUGUCACUUACUUCAACGAACUUUGCGCGCGCCUCGAUGAUUACCCCAAGAAGAAAGGUUCGAAAAUGCAUCGGCUCAAUGAAAAGGGAGCUUUAUCUGAUCCAACAGACACUCCUCACAAAAAGCGCAAAAGAGAGGUCAAGGAAAGUCAAAAUGCGAAAAAGAGUCAGCAGAGCGCACAGCUUCGUGUCGCGCUGCAAGAGAAGCAGAGAAAGAUUCUCGAAAGGAAGAUAGGCAGCACUAACACAGAUCCUACACGUCAAGCUGUCAGCUUCGGAAAUCCUGCUAUUUAUCUGGACCCUCAAAUUGGCUUGCGUGUUAAGCCCCACCAAUUGAAUGGUAUUCAAUUCAUGUGGCGAGAGUUGAUAGAAGAUGAAAACAAGCAAGGUUGUCUGCUCGCUCACACCAUGGGUUUAGGGAAAACGAUGCAGGUUAUAUCGCUCCUUGCAACAAUAUCUGCGGCAGCAUCUUCCGAUGAUCCUAAGAUACGCCAGCAGGUUCCUGCAGCUUUCUAUAGGUCUCAAUCGCUUAUUCUCUGCCCAUCAUCAUUAAUUGAAAAUUGGUAUGAGGAGUUUCUCAUGUGGGCUCCUGUACAAUCUGGCAUUGGGCCACUGAGGAAGAUAACAACUUCCGCCACAAUGCCAGAGAGACUACAAGAGGUGUGUGACUGGAAUGAGGAAGGCGGGGUGCUCAUCAUGAGCUAUGACAUAUUUCGGACGUGGAUACUCAACAGGGAGACAAAUAAAAGGGGGAAACCCUUGAAUGAUAAUGAUUAUGGCAAAGUCAGAGAUUGCCUUCUCGAGGGACCUAACAUUAUUGUUGCCGACGAGGCUCACAAAAUGAAAAAUCCAGCCACUGGCAUCUCGCAAGCAGCCAUGCAGUUCCGCUCUAAAAGUCGCAUUGCCCUAACUGGAUCCCCUCUUGCUAACAAUCUUAUCGAUUACUAUGCGAUGAUCAACUGGAUUGCGGAGGGCUACCUCGGCGAAUUCGUGGAGUUUAAGGCAAAAUUUGUGGAGCCUAUAACGGAGGGACUUUAUGUGGACAGUACAUACACAGAGAGGAGACGGUCAUUGGUGAAGCUUCAAGUCCUCAAAGAAAUCCUUGCUCCAAAGAUCAAUCGUGCCGAUAUCUCCGUGCUCGCUGGCAGUUUACCGACCAAAGUCGAGUUCGUCAUAACGGUUCCCUUGACGGACCUACAGAAACAAGCAUAUGAUUCAUAUGUGGAGACUAUAUUGCAAGGGAAAGGCGCUUUCGGCAGUGCGCAAUUAUGGUCCUGGCUUGCGAUUCUGAGUUUAUGUUGCAAUCAUCCAUCGUGUUUCAGAGACAAACUACUAAGCCGAGCAAAUGACGCACAGAAAAUAAACAAGAGGUUAGAUGAGAUGGAGAUGAUCCCCGGCGAUGAACCUAUCGCGCAAGCAGGCCUUCCAGAUUCAGAAAAGCUGGUUUCUGAACAAGAACAGAUCUUCGCCAAAGUCCCUGACAUAAAAGCCUUAGAAAUGUCUCAUCGGGCGCGAAUUAUGAACUCGAUAAUCGACGAAUCUAUCAGGGCUGGUGACAAGAUCUUAGUUUUCUCGCACAGUAUCCCAACACUCGACUAUAUUGAGCAUGUCCUUCGAUCAUCAAAUCGAAAAUAUUCUCGGCUAGAUGGGCGAACUCCCGUCGUGACUCGACAAGAUGCGACGAAGAGAUUCAAUCUUGGCUCUGAGAAGCAAGUGUACCUAAUCUCAACGCGCGCAGGAGGCCUUGGCUUAAACAUUCCUGUGGCGAACCGUGUCAUCAUCUUCGACUUUAAAUUCAGCCCGGUAUGGGAAGAGCAGGCUGUUGGACGCGCCUAUCGCUUGGGCCAGCAGAAACCAGUAUUUGUCUACCGUUUCAUUGCCGGUGGUACCUUUGAGGAGGUUAUGUAUAAUAAGGCUGUCUUCAAGACCCAACUUGCUUUCCGUGUUGUCGAUAAGAAGAAUCCGGUUCGUUGGGCACAAAAGUCACUGGGCGAAUAUCUUUUCCCAGCCAAGCCGGUCCCUCAGCAAGACAUCGCCGAAUAUCUGGGGAAGGAUCCGCAAGUCUUAGACAAGAUCAUCAUGGGUGAUACUGGCGAGGAGAAGUCUAUCCGCAAUAUUGCCCUCACUGAAACAUUCCAGAAGGAAGACAAUGACAAAUUGACUGAGGAAGAGAGACAAGGCGUUCAACAGCAAUUGAGCGACGAGCGCCUGAAGCGCACCGAUCCAGAGGCUUACCGCCACACCGGACAUGAGCAUUUACCCAGAGCCUUCUAA